AGCAAUCUACUUUCAUCAAUGAGCAAACAAAGACGACCACCGCCGGACCCAGUGGCUGUGCUGCGAGGUCACCGCGCCUCCGUCACCGACCUCUGUUUCCAUCCAUCUCAACCUCUCCUCUACACGGGUUCAGCAGACGGUGAGUUGCGGAUUUGGGACACUCUCCAGAAUCGGACAACAGCAUCAGCAGGGGUGCAUAGCGCGGCACACGGGGUUGCUUCUGUAACAUGUAGCUCUUCAAUUGGAGCUGACAAAGUUAUCAGCCAGGGUAGGGAUGGAACUGUUAAGUGCUGGGAUAUUGGCGACGGAGGUCUAUCCAGGACUCCCUCUGUGACGAUCAAGACGAAUGCUUACCACUUCUGUAAGCUUUCGUUGGUGAAGAAGCCGCAUUGUAGUUCUACACAAGUUGAUGGACGAAAGCUUUGUGACGGAGAUGAGAGGGAGAGUACUGGUGGGGAAACUCUGGAUGAUAGUGAAGAAAAGGUUCAAGGGUAUCUGUCUGAACAGUCCAGAACUGAUGAAGAAAAUACUGAAGUUGGAGGAUCUAAAUACAUUGCUAUAGCAGGAGAGGAGCCCUCUGAGGUUGAGAUUUGGGAUCUUAAUACUGCAGAAAGGUGUACACGGCUACCCCAGAGCUGCUCUGCUGGCUUGUCAGCUUUUUCUACCAAGGAAAGAGGAAUGUGCAUGGCAGUUCAAGCAUUUUCACCAUUGGAAUCACAGGGAUUCAUAAAUGUUGUGGCUGGUUAUGAGGAUGGCUCCAUGCUUUGGUGGGAUGUUAGAAAUCCAGGUGUUCCAAUUACAUCUGUCAAGUUUCAUUCAGAGCCAGUUUUAAGCCUAUGCAUUGAUGGUUCAUGCAAUGGUGGUAUCUCAGGAGCUGCAGAUGAAAAAAUUGUGCUGUAUACUUUGGAUAAUUCCAUGGGUACAUGUGUGAUCAAGAAAGAAAUAAAUUUGGAGCGACCUGGCAUAUCAAGCACCUCUAUUCGACCUGAUGGUAAAAUAUUUGCAACAGCUGGCUGGGACCACAGAGUGAGAGUUUAUAACUAUCGCAAAGGAACUGCCUUGGCAAUAUUGAAGUAUCACCAUGCAACGUGUAAUGCAGUCUCUUAUUCCGAAGAUUGUAAGCUAAUGGCUUCUGCAUCAGAUGACACAGUGGUUGCACUUUGGAAACUCUAUACUCCUCAAACCUGAGAAUGAUAUUAUUUCGGCAAAGAUAUGCAUCAGGAUCACAUCGAGAAUCCGUAAAUGUUUUUGUUUCUGUGUAUAUAUUUUAGCCAGUGUCAUAUAGCAUUAGAGCCUAUUCUACGUCUGUCUAUGACCAUCUAGAAGAUACCCUGACAUUUGCAUAACGAUCCCAUUCACUGUAUCAAACUGUUUACUAGUGUGACUGACUAACACCAGUCUUUGAA